AUGCAUUUCAUUUCGCUGAUUACCCUCUCUCUCGUCGCCGUUGCGAACGGCGCAGCAUUGAAAGAAGAGGCAACUCCCGGCAACGGCAACAAUCUAGUUCCUGCUCAAGUCUGUAAGGUCGGUUACAACUAUUGUGGAUGGUAUCUUGCUGAUGGCCUUGGAUGGGGGAAUGUCCCUGACCUCCAGGGUCUGUAUGAUUGCGUCUCUCCUACCAGUGCCAGAUAUCUAGAGCACUGCAGCAAAGGAUGCACGAGCGGCUGUGCACACUGUGCAUGA